GUAACGUCUGUCGCAAACGUACCGAUGUUGAGGAUGAGAAUGCCAUGGGCAUUGCAACCUGCUAAACCGCGUACGAUAGCUUCGGCUAGCGCCCAUUUGUUGAUCGACCAACGCCGUUUCAUGACCCUGUUGUACUUAAGCAGCGGAUUGAUAUGCUCCUGUAGGGCAAGUUACAUUGUAUGGCAUUAAAAGUGCUCUGGCGUUAUCAUCUGAGGCCAAUUUUUCGUUUUCGACGCUGUCGCUCUGGACAAAGCCAAGUUACUUUGCGCCCAGGUACCAUCGAUUGCAAAUUGCCUUUGACUUACACCGUCUCUACUCAAGUCCGUCGAUCAUGGACAAACCAGUGGACCUGGGUGAAGAAGGGGUCGGCCUGAAGAGAGAAUCCACGUCCUCGUACACUUUUCAGAACCAAAGAGGGUGGCGCAAAUGGCGCAUCCUACGUCCAGGCCGCGGCAUGUAUUACGACAUCAGAAGGCGAUUACCAUACUAUUGGAGCGACAUCACGGAUGCGUGGACAUAUCGAACUUUUGCCAGCACUGUUCGCAUGUACUUUGUUAAUUUGCUUCCUGCCAUUGCUUUUACACUCGACAUGUACCGGAGAACUGGCGAGUUCUUCGGCAUCAAUGAGGCCUUAUUCUCAUCAGCUCUUGCUGCAAUGAUCUUUAGUAUCUUUGCCUGCCAGCCGUUGACCAUCGUUGGCGUCACCGGACUGAUUGCGCUCUUCAACUACACUAUAUAUGACAUCGUUAGUCAUUACGAUAUCACGCUAUACCCACAAGUCAUGGCAUGGACGGGCAUCUGGGCGGCAAUAUUCCAUUGGAUCGUAUCUUUUGGCAAUUUCUGCGAUUAUAUGGGUUACAUAACAGACUUUUCGAGCGAAUCGUUCGGCAUGUAUGUGGGCAUUAUUUACAUGGUCAAGGGCGUCGAGGAGCUUGUCAACGAAUUUGAAGUUGCAGGCAAUGAUGCCGGUUACCUCUCCUGUGUGAUUGGAAUCUUAUACUUCGGAUCAGUCUACGGGUUGGAGAAGCUGGGCGGCAGUACGCUCUGGAAACCUUGGUUUCGAGGGCUGCUUGCUGACUACGCCUACGUUUUCCCAACUCUAUUCUGGGUGGGGUUCGCUCACAUACCGGGUCAUCUAAAAGGCACACAUCAAACCUUUGUGCCUGUUUCGAAAGCUUUCCAGCCAACCCAGCCCAGAAAUUGGGUCAUUGACUUCUGGAACCUCGACGUCAGUUGGGUCUUCGUCUCAUUGCCGUUCGGCUUUCUCACCAUGCUACUCUUCUACUACGAUCAUAAUGUCAGCAGUUUGACCGCCCAGGCUCGUCAGUUCCCGCUCAAGAAGCCAGCCGGGUUUCAUUGGGACUUCUUCCUCCUCGGUUGCACCACUUUCGUCGCUGGUGUCAUUGGACUACCCAUGCCAAACGGACUUGUUCCUCAAGCACCUGUCCAUACCGACUCGCUGACAAACUAUGAGACGCGUUUGGAUAUCAUCAAGACCAAGGACCAUGAUAUCCCCGAAAUCAGAAGACCUUUGGUGGAAGCUACGUCAGUUGUGGAACAACGCGUUUCGCACUUUCUCAUGGGUCUUGCGCUCUGGGGAACGAUGUCGGGCCCGUUGCUGAUCGUACUACAUACCAUGCCAGCUGCGGUGUUCGCUGGCGUGUUCUUUGUUGUUGGUUGGGGCUCCAUCGAGUCCAACGGCAUUCUCCAGAAGCUCAUCUACCUGAGCUCGGAGCAGCGCUUCCUCGCCCCCGAGAACCCACUCAACGAUAUAUCGCGCAAGAAAAUCGGCCUGUACAUCGCCCUACAGGUCUUCGGCGUUGCCGCUACGGUCGCAAUCUCGCAGACCAUAGCAGCCAUCGGCUUUCCCGUCCUCAUCAUCGCUCUCAUUCCUCUCCGCACGUUCCUGAUGCCUCGCUGGUUCACCAAACACGAACUGUCCGUUCUUGAUGCCCUGACCGCAAACAACAAAUCCGUUUUAGCGAGUCUGGGCGGACAACCGACAAAGAUGAAAGAACAUGUAGACAAUAGUUCUGAUGGGGCGUUCGAAUACGAGGAAAAUGUCCUCAGGGAAGCUGAGGGUAUGGAACGCACAGCGUCAGGGAAUGAGAGCGAUCUGCAUCGCCAGCGGAGUCGCAGUGCAGUCAGGCAGCGCAUGGGCAGUAUCACGCGGCAAACAGCCCACAAACUUAGGUCGCAUUCGGCAGAGAGGAAGAAAGAAAGGGAGCAAAGUCACACGCAGCGAGAAUAG